AUGUAUACGGCCCUUCGACUGAUUGUCAUAGGGUGCCAAUUCUCUGGGCUAGAAACGUUAGGCAUGGCUGUUGUCGACAAUCCAGUUUCGGCUUGGUACGGGCAUAUUCCGGUUCCCCGGAUGGUAAAGAAUCAGGUGAACCAUCUCCUAGAGUUAAGGAUGAUCGAACUCGAUCGAGAGAUCACCGGCGCUCUUAGCCGUCUUUCCAGAGACCGACGUCAGUGGAUUGUUGGUACCCUAGCAGUGUUCCUCCUCCUUCACAUCCGAGAGCUCGAUGCGGGACGGAUUAUUUAUUGGGCCCGAUACAAAGACUCUGCCGGUUUCUGGAUACACCCCUCUCGACCUUCAGCGCUUAUCGACGAGGGCGUCGCAUCCUGCAAUUCGUUGCUCCGGUAUUUUCACUGUUUUCUGGGCCGUCAGCCACUCUGCCAGAACUGGGACGAGGAACGCUCGCAGAGGCUGGUGGGUAAUGACGCAGAGCUUGUGGCCUCUAUCAAGGCACUGCAAUCCUGUGUAUCUAUGAUGAGGCAAGCAGGCUGGAUUGGCCGAAACGCAUCUCAGCUGUAUCAAGAUGGGCACCCUGACAGUGUGGGACUCACUAUUAGUUCGUUGAUCUUCACAGAGAUGGCGGAUGCGCAGGUGAAGAACUUCCAUUGA